AUGCCUCCUCCACCCCCACCGCCGCCUCCAAUGCCUGCGAUGGGCGGCCCUCCGCCGCCGCCUCCACCGCCAGGCGGCCCUCCAGGAGCCGGUGCUUUGCCUGCAAGGCCACCUGCAGGAGCUAAUAGAGGUGCGCUCCUCUCCGACAUCACCAAGGGCAAGCCCCUCAAGAAGGCCGUUACGAACGACAGGUCUGCCCCGAUAGUUGGAAAGCCAUCUGGCGGCUCGGGAGGGCCGCCCGUAGGGGCGCACCGCCAGUUCCAGGCUUAG